AUGUGUUUUGCUGUUGACAUACACGUGCUUGCCGCCGACCGGGACUGGAGCAGGACCAGUCGUCUAGCGGAGAUUGGUGUGGCUGCCGUCGCAGCGAUGAUCCGAAGGCUGGAGCUACAAAUAGCACCCCAGUCUUGGAUCCGAGUAGGUGAUAUCAAGGUCCAAGUGGAUGAAGGCUUCAAGUAUCUUGGCCUCCACCUGGACAGCCACUGGCACUUUAGAAGACACUUCGACUGUCUGGCCCCCCGAUUAGACGAGGUAGCAAAUGUCCUUGGGCGAGUGCUGCCCAAUAUCGUGGGGUCCAGUGAGAAGGUUCGCCGCCUCUACACGGGGAUCGUGCGGAACAUUGCCCUGUAUGGGUCGCCCAUAUGGGAUGGUGCCCUGAUGGCCUCUCGCCGCAGCCAGGUUGUGCUGCGGUAA